UGACAGCACAACUGUAUAUAUACUGUAUAUUAUAUAACAUUAAUAAUACUCUAAACUAUAAAUACUAUAAACACUGUAAACAUGUGCUUAAAUACCAUCAAAAGAUUACAAUAUCUUCACAAACAAAAGUGGUUACCAUUUGGAUCAGUUAUAUAUCAAACAUCUCUUUCGUGUCACAGAUUGUCAAACAAAUAUAACAAUUGUCAACAAAAUUAUUGUCAAUCAAGAGAUUUAAGUAACAAUACAUACGAUUGGCUGAAAAGUCGAGGAAUUUUAAAGACAUGUUUUCCCGAAAAAGAUGAUAUCAAUCGAUUAAUAUCAACAAAACAUACCAUUUAUGCCGGUUUUGACGCCACGUAUGACAGUCUUCAUGUGGGAAAUCUGUUAGUUAUUAUAGCUUUACUUCAUCUGCAACGAUGUGGUCAUCGCAUUGUUGUUGUCAUCGGCGAUGCAACGGCCAGAAUCGGUGAUCCAAGCGGUAAAACUGAAGAGAGACCUAUGAUUGACAAKGAUUUGAUUGGCAGAUAUGCGUCGAGUAUUGAAAAAAGUAUUGAAAGGAUUUUCGAUAACCACAAGAAAUACUUCUGGAAGAAAAUGGGACGAAAUGACAAACUUGAAGAUUAUAUCCAAUGGUAUAAUGAUAUCAAUGUAAUUGAUUUUAUGAGUAAUUUUGGCCGACAUUUACGUAUCUCAACAAUGAUGGGUAAAACUAUUAGAGACCGGUUGGACACUACGGGUCUCUGUUUUUCCGAGUUUUCCUAUCAAGCAUUUCAAUCAUACGAUUGGCUUUAUUUGCUUCAAAAAUAUGGGACAGACAUCCAGUUAGGAGGAGUCGAUCAAACAGUUAAUAUACACAAUGGACACGACCUGAUUAAGAGAUUAACGCAAAGACAAGCGUUUGGUUUGUUUGUACCCAUACUGACCAAUGAAGACGGAAAAAAGUUUGGUAAAAGUGAGGGAAAAGCCAUUUACUUAAAUGAAAACAGAACUUCUGCUUUUGCCUUAUAUCAGUUUUUUCAACGACUUACUGACCAACAGGUUCUCAAAUAUUUUAAGAUAUUUUCAUUUCGAUCGGACUCUGAAGUCGAGCAGAUGUUUCAAAAACAAUUGCGAUCACCAAAGCCGUGGUAUUUACAGGAAAAGUUGGCCGAAGAUGUGAUAUUACUAGUUCACGGAGAGGUCGGACUGUCAUCUGCUAAGAGAACCACUGAAUCAUUAUUUAAAAGAGAUAUUAAUUUGUUGGCCCAACUCAGUCAGUCCGAAAUAAAUGAUGUGUUUGAAGGGACACCGGUAUUACAAUUAAUCUUUAAUCCGGAUCAGAUGACUGUCCUUGAAUUAGCAAUGAAAUCACAGUGCUUUGUAAAUGAAUUGGAUGCGCUUCGUAUGAUAAAAAGUGGUGGUCUAUACAUUAAUUAUUCAAAAGUUUGUUCACCACAACAAAUAGUUACACAAAACGAUAUAUUGGCUAAUAGUAUAACACUGGUCAGUGUUGACUUGAUUGCCGUUCACAUCAUUUCCGACAAAUGUUUUCCUUUGCCUCACAAUAACUGGAAGUUUGAGUCAAUGUUUGUCACAAUAAAUCUUUUCAUUGAAUCUGGAGUUUCAUCAGAUUUGCUGUAA